ACAUUAGGUAAGAAGGCUGCUAGUUCGAAUAUAUGCUGAACUCGCUUUCUGCUCAAAGCUAUUCCCGUGUUAACAGAUCCCACAUCCUCCAAGUGUUAUCAGCAGAAAUGCUGUUAACACUAACAACUCGGCGAAUUACUAAAAAUAAAUAGUUUACUAUGCCAGCUUUGACUGCAGAAUGUGAGCUGCUGUGUGUCGUUCAACAAUGUUCAGUAUUUCAGACAUGGAGGAGUUCAGUGACUCGUACGAUGGUUGUGAAGCAGAUGCCCCGGCUUCCUGGGCAGAACAACAACACGAGUGUGUGCAGGAACUGGACGAGGUGGAGACUCUCAGAAGGAAAGUCAAGUUUUACUUCAUGAACCCCUGUGAGAAGUAUCACGCCCGUGGACGAAAACCUUGGAAACUUAUGCUGCAGAUUGUGAAAAUUGCCAUUAUUACUAUCCAGUUGGUUUAUUUUGGACUCAGUAACCAGAUGGUUGUCCAAUUCAGAGAAGAAAAUCUCAUCACAUUCAAGCAAAUUUUCUUAAAGGACUUUGACGAAGACACAGACACUUACGCCAUCUACAGACAGGACGAUGUCUAUAAGCACAUUGAGUUCAUCAUUUAUCAGUUCGGACGUCUGUAUAACAUUACUGUGGGGAAUCAUGAGUAUGAAAUAAACGGUAACGCAUACACCCCACUAUCACUGUGUCAGGAGUAUUACAGGAAUGCUACCAUCUUCCCCGGAAAUGAGACCUUUGAAAUCGACUCCCAAGUACAAAUAGAUUGUCUGAAAUUCUAUCCAACACAACCGUUGUCUUUGCAGGAUGUAGAGCCACCAUUUGAAGUGUAUUUCAAAAGGUUGAUCUCUAUCACAGUGACAUUUGUUCUCAAGGCCAUAAAUUUGCAGACAGUAAAAUAUCGGGAGCUUCCAGACUGCUACGACUUCACUGUUGUUAUUACUUUUGAUAACCAAGUUCACAGCGGUAGGAUUAAGAUCAACCUGGAAAACGAUGUGGACAUUAAUGAAUGCAGGGACUGGAAGGUGACUGGUGUUACUGCAACAAACAUUUAUCUGACCAUGGCCUUUGACUGCAUCAUCAUUUUGACAUGCAUCACCUCCUUCACUCUCUGCACACGUUCAGUCAUCAGUGGGAUUCGGCUUCAGCUAAAAUACUCUCAGUACUGCAGUAAACACUGCAAUGAAAAAGUCCCACUGUCUGACAAGUUGGAGUUUGUGAACGGUUGGUAUAUUCUGAUCAUCGUCAGUGACUUGAUGACCAUCAUCGGCUCCAUUCUGAAGAUAGAGAUUCAGACUAAGGUCCUGACGAAUUAUGAAGGAUGCAGCAUCUUCCUCGGCACAGGCACCAUGUUCGUCUGGAUGGGGGUGAUCCGCUACAUGGGAUACUUCAGGAAGUAUAAUAUCCUCAUCCUGACACUUAGGGCAGCGUUCCCAAAUGUUAUCCGUUUCAUCUGCUGCGCUGGAAUCAUCUACCUGAGUUACUGCUUCUGUGGCUGGGUUGUUCUUGGGCCGUACAAUGAGAAGUUCCGGACCUUGAACACAGUGUCCGAGUGUCUGUUCUCUCUCAUCAACGGUGACGACAUGUUUUCCGCCUUCAUGAACAUGAAGCAUAAGAGCACCUUGGUGUGGGUUUACAGCAGGAUUUACCUCUACACUUUUGUUUCACUCUUCGUCUACAUGAUCUUGAGCCUUUUCAUCACAAUCAUCACUGACACCUACUACACCAUCAAGGAGCAGCAGCAGAGUGGAACACCAACAUCAGACCUGGAGAAAUUCCUGUCGGAGUGUAGAGAUUUGCCAAACUCUGGUGUGUACAGACUCAACCAAAGCAACGACUGCAUCUUGGACUUCUGCUUCAACAGGUGUCGGCAGUAUCAGGAGAGAAUGACCUGAGGGUCUUAAGCUACGUCACAUGAGGACACUUUAACAUGUACAGUAUCUGCAUAUUGUUGUUCACUUCGAGGCUGGUGUAAAUAAACCUGUAAAUUUUCCGAAACAUGACA